AUGCGCUUGCGGCCACGCCGACCGCACUAUGUCCGCCUCUUGGAUUUCUUACGUCAGAUGACGUCCAAUUUGAUUUAUGUUGUCCAAUUUAACGAACGCUCAGGUCAAAUAGCACCGUUCGUGCCCGCCAUGCGGUACGUGCUCGUCUCUACAGUAUACUUCGUGAUGCUUCAUGUUUCAAUGAAUUUUGUUGCGGCAUGUAAUUCAAGAAUGCGUCCGGGCAGAUCGUCUGCAUCUAAAUCGCGUACGAGGAAAAGAAAAGCAAAAAAUGGGGACAUUCACUUACCUAGAUCGCGCGAUAAGAAGCAAAACUCGAGAGAUCGUACCAAAGAGAAGUCCGCGAGUUCAGGGGGAGUGCAAACAACAACAACUCAGGAUAGCGGUAAAAAAUCAGAUGGUGCUGCGACUGAAAAUUUACAAUGUAACACUGCGAAACGAAGCGGAACUAUGCGUGAUACAAAUACAAAUUCCGUUGAUCUGGAAAAGCAACAAGAUUUUGAUGAUUAUUUAAAUGCGCUCGGUGAGGCCGACGGUAAAGAAGAUGCUGGACAAGUACUAAAGGGCGAUUCUCCAGCAGUAAAAACCGCGAUAUCAAAAACAUGCACCAAUAAAAGCCCAAAAACACCGAUGAGAAGUAAAUGUUUACGUAAUACCAUGGAAAAUGUGCCGAGUGUAUCCAACAAAAAUUGA